ACCCCUACACUAACGAGAACCUACACGUACACAGACCAACACCAUAUGCUACACUUGCUACACCCUACACCAUGGUAAUGACCAAGUGUAUUUAGAUCAUGUAAGGUAGUAGUUGAUACAAGAAGAGGGGCGUAACCCACAAACACAUCUCUCCCACACGCUGGAGUUGAGUUGGUUAUGAUCGUCAGUGUGGCAACAGACGCCGUGCAGAAUGGACGUGCAACGCAAUUCAACCCCGUCUUAGCACAAGUGGAAGCCUUGAAUUCACUAAGUAAUGUGUUGACCAGAGUUGAGGGUGACGUGUACACCAUGGCGUGGCGCGCGCCCCUGGACCUACAGGCAUGGGCGGCACGGGCAGCAGUAGUCCCCCUGGUGGCUCACACCGAGAACAGAAUUCGACUCAAUCUGGACAUAGUCCCAGCCGAAGUGUUGAUCGCCAGAGCCACGGCAGGGCUCCUCCUACACGACGACGAUGACACGGACGAGGAGGACGCGAGCGAGGUGUGGAGGAGGCAGGAGGGUCGCCGACAAGGUGCGUCUUACCAGGAGGUCGACAUAAUGGACUACGCUCUGCUGGAAGUGAAGGCGACACUAUCGUCAGUGCGGGCGUGGUGGGGGACAGUCCCAGGGUUGCAGGCUGGCCCUGGACACCGUCUGAGAGCUGCCCUGGACACCCACACUGAGGUUCAUCCACGACACGACCAAGAUUACCCGAGACACCUCACUGGCCUCCUCCUCAAGCUUGUUCUUCUUGACAAUGUGUUCAUCGACCGAGACUACGGCGACAAGGACAGACGGUGUGUGGUGCCUUUUGCCUGGGAGCGGUGGGUGGCACAGCUAAUAUCUAGACUGGGACCCUUUCCUCACCUGCAGGAGUUGAAGGUCUACGGUGGGAUGUACCCCAGCAUCCUUGCCUCCAUACUGUGGGGAGCACCUCACCUCACCUCACUCUUCAUCUCUCACAUCAACAUCACCGACAAUAUCAUCAUGGCAGUGAGCAGGUCGUGUCCUAUGCUCGAGAAGCUUUACUUGCUCCAUAGUUUUCCUUGGCAGGUAAUAUCAAUGAAAGCCUUUUGUGCUGCAUUUUUUGAAGGAGCGUCAAAAAGAGAACUUCUUAAAGCAAUCAGGACUGGCCAGACAAGUAAUAUAAGCGUGACUUUUACAUCAUUGAAGGAAAUAGAACUUGCCUACGGUGAAAUUGAAGUGGCAAAAGAAUUCCACAAAUUAUUGUUGACUUAUUAUCCUAAUUUAUCAAAAGUGAGUUCUGACUGGAAGACGAAUCUUUUUGAAGAUGGUUACUCUGGCCAUGGUUACGACGUGUUGUUACCUGUCGUGUCCAAGGGCAACCAUCUGUCUUUAUUAAGUGUAUUCCUAGACGGGGAGACCGUGUACAGCUUGGAUCUGGAGAGGCUCCACCAGCUGGCGUGGUGUUGCCCCCUAGUGAAGGCUCUCACCCUGGACUGUGCCGUUCAUGGUACGCCAAGAGUGUGUGAGGCUGCUGGCAGGCAGCUGGCUGAGCUUACAGGAGAAUGGUCACACUUGUCGGAGUUGCAUGUGAACUUGAGCAUUGAGGACCACCUCACUCACGCCAUACUGAUGCCCACACUCCGUGCUCAUGGUUAUCUCCUCAGGUCCCUUACUAUUGAGGCAAAUUCUCCAAGCCAGAGACUCCACGCAGCCACGCUAUACCUGUUCCUGCAACUGUGUCCCAACCUCACCAAACUUGGCCUCCGAGUGUGGAACAGGUACAUGUUUGAAGCUCCUCUUGAAACUGAGGAGAACAUUGAAAUGCCCAAGUGUGGAAGCCUUGAGGAAAUAAGCCUGCAUGAGGAUGGUCCUGGUGAUAAUGAUGAGCCACCGGCUGAGGCGGGGCACCUGGCACGGUGGCUGGCACUCUUGCAGGCCCUAAUAGCUGCCACGCCAAAGCUUUUCACCCUCAGCGUGAGUGUGUGUCAUGGUCUGGCACUAUUGCUAGAUAAACUUACUUGUGAUGCACAAGUUCUCCACUUGCAUGUUAAAGAUGGCUAUGAAUGGCAACCAACGGCAGACCAAGUGUGUCAACUGGUGAGUCGUCUGCCACACCUUCAGCACUUGUAUUUAGAGGAAGUGUCAGGACGUAUAUUCUGGCGUGUGUGGCGGCGGUGUCAGCACACGGGCCUCACACUCCACUGGGGCAACCUGCAAGGCUGGCCCAGAACUUAACGAUAUUCACCGCUUGUGAAAUAACGAUCUAAUAAAUGUGUUAUAUUUUUCUAAUGUCUCUUUAUUAAAAUUAAAUUUAAUAUACUUAGAAAUUAAUUUUAUUAACCAAACUACCUAUUGUGCAUGUAUUAAGUGAGCUGAUCCAUAAUUUAUGAUGAGGAAGCAGCUUGUAUACUGCAUACCAUGAACCAUAACGAUGCCCACUUGUAGCUGUAUUCUUACACACGCACUUAAUACAUUAAUGCAUACAAAGGACCUUUAUCAUAAACACCUCAAGUGUUUACUUAAUACCAACACAAAAGAUUAACUACAUCAUUACUACUUCUUUACAACGAACGCUAGUACAGUAUUACAUCUUCACUACAGCAAUAAAUACGACAUGUUUACUACAACACGCACUUCCUACCAUAUACUGCACAGCAUAUGAAGGAAGUGAUAACAUUACAUGAUAGGCAUGUGUUCAAACGCGUGUAAUGUCGUCCAGUAAGUCCUUAGUAUUUUAUUUUAAAAGGCUUUAUUAUUAUAAGACCAAAGUCAGUCGACGAAGAUAAUAAUUGGUGAUCAUUCUGUUAACCCACGAAAACAACAGCAAAAUCAAGUAAAUAAACUAGUAGGAUAUACUAUAAACGGGUCAUAAUAUCCAGAAAAAGUUUAUAAACACUUCUGAGAACAUUACUGCAGUCUAAUGUUCAUACCUGCAACUGGCGGAAUGUGGCCACAGUCUCGGGUUAAAGAAGCCGCAAGUCCAGAAAAUUGUCAGGGCGUUCGAUUUUGGAGUGAAAAUUGUAAAUUUUUAAAAUAAUCUGCCAGAGAGUGGUGUGGCGACACAGCGGAUGGGCUUAUUCAAGAGUCAAGACUAACACUGCUGACUGGCGCGGGCGCAGUUAACGGACCGAUCAGUGGUGAAAAGCUUAAAAUACAGCAUUUCUGAAUCCUAAAGAGGGAAUCCGACUGAAUACAGCAGGUGAGCCAGAAGGUAAACAACAGCUGAUCAGUCACCCCACCGCCGAACAACAGCUGAUCAGUCACCCCACCGCCGAACAACAGCUGAUCAGUCGCCCCACCGCCGAACAACAGCUGAUCAGUCACCCCACCGCCG